AUGUUGCAAAAGCACUUCUUGAUGGACCCCAAGUAUCGCCCACUAAACCACGGUUCCUUUGGAGCGUUUCCCGUUGAAGUACGUGAUGCGCAGCGCCUUUUACAAGACGAACAAGAAUCUCGCCCGGAUGUUUUCUUUGUUGUUUCACAUGCAGAACACGUCACCGAGUCCCGGAGAGCGAUUGCGAAAUUCGUCAAGGCCCCGGUGGACGAAUGUGUUUUCGUCAAAAAUGCCUCGACCGGAAUAAAUACUGUGCUUCGCAAUCUGGAGUUCAGAUCCGGCGACGUUAUUGUAUACUUUGCGACAAUCUAUAAUGCCGUAGAGCAAACAUUGGAAUCAAUAUUGGAAACUACGCCGGUACAAACAAGAAAGGUUAAUUACACAUUCCCGAUUACGCACGAUGAGAUUGUAGAAAGAUUUUUGGCCGUGGUGAGACAGGCCAAAAGUGAAGGACUGAAUGUACGGGCAUCCAUAUUUGAUACGAUAGUGUCUCUUCCGGGCGUGAGGUUUCCCUUCGAGAAACUCGUCAAGGCAUGCAAAGAUGAAUCUAUUCUGAGUAUUAUUGAUGGGGCACACGGAGUUGGUCAGAUUCCCUUGAACUUGGGUGAACUUAGUCCCGACUUUUUUGUCAGUAAUUGUCACAAAUGGCUGUAUACACCACGAGGCUGUGGUUUAUUCUAUGUACCCAAACGGAACCAGCAUCUGCUCCGGACAUCAUUUCCUACGUCUCACGGCUACACUUCACCAUCCCAACGAGGGCGUGGAAUUCACCCUGGGAAGACUGACUUUGAGAUCUUAUUUGAAUUUGUUGCCACGGCCGACGAUACUCCGUACAUGUGCGUUCCUGCAGCCCUGGACUUCCGAGAACGAAUCUGUGGCGGCGAAGAAGCCAUAUAUAAAUAUCUACACACUGUUGCCCAGGAGGGUGGUGAUGUGGUUGCGCAGAUACUCAGAACCGAGAUUAUGCAAGAACCGGGUCUUGUAAACCCGAUUGCCGAGAGUGAGAUUCGUCGAUGUGCUAUGGUAAAUGUUCGCAUGCCGCUAGCAUUUUCAGACGACGAGGAGGUCAAUCCACAUGUGCCAGACUCUUCGUCCUCCCCUUUUCCACUGCUGAGUAUAAAGGAUGCAACCCGCGUUGUGGACUGGAUGCAAGACACACUCAUUAUGGAAUUCGAUACUUUCGCAAAGUUUUAUGCACACGGAGGCUGGCUUUGGCUACGACUGAGCGGACAAAUCUAUCUUGAGAUUGAGGACUUUGCGUGGAUUGGUCAUAUCGCACGGAGCCUCUGUGAGCGGGUGGGCGCUGGGGAGUGGCUACAAAAGUAG